AAAACAUGGAGCGCGGGGGUGGGAGGUGGGGAAGGACAAGCCUUCACAUCCAUGUCCGCGUCCUUCCUUGAGGAAAGAGAAAAGGAAAUCAAAGAAAAGGUUACAAAAGGAAACGAUCUCUGCCUUCAGCCCCACUCCUCCAGCUCACUUCAUCCUCUCCCCGUCUCUCUUCUCGCACUCUUUACCGGAAACAGACGACCAACGAGAAGACGCAGAGGAAGAGGUUAAGGCCCAGAUCGCGAGAUGGAUGUUGUAACCCUAGCUCGGGUAUAAAUCGGUGCGGCCCAACGCGAUCGAUGGCGGCGUCCGAUUCCGAGCGGCAGGCACUAGUCGAGGCCUGUGCCGCCCGGGAUUGGUCCAAGGCCAUUCGCAUCCUCGAUUCUUUGAUCUCCCAAUUCUCCUCCGUCCUGGACAUCUGCAAGCGAGCGUACUGCUACAGCCAGCUGGAGCUUUACAAGCAUGUGAUCAAGGAUUGCAAUAGGGCGCUCGAGCUCGACCCGGACUGCGUGCAGGCUUACGUGCUUAAAGGGCAUGCUUUUUCAGCUUUGGGGAAGCAAGCAGAUGCUUUACAUAUAUGGGAACAAGGUCAUGGGGCUGCAGUUCGUCAAUCAGCAGAUACAGAACAAUUACUUGAAUUGGAAAAGUUAUGCAAACUGAAACAAAAUAGGCCAGUUAUGGCCUUGGAGCAACCAGUGCAGCUGUCAACAAGUUUAACCAACCAUAAUUCAGGUGCAGGAAUUCAGAGCAAGUCAGGCAAUAAGGCAAAGUUAAAUCAGCAGAGUUCUUCUACAGCUGGUUCAAAAACAAAGUCGAUAAGCUUAGAUUUUCGAUUAUCACGGGGAAUUGCCCAGGUGAAUGAAGGUAACUAUGACCAAGCCGUGUCUAUCUUUAACCAGAUCUUACGGGAAAACCCUAUGUCUCCUGAAGCAUUAAUUGGAAGAGGAACUGCAUAUGCUUUUCAAAAGGAUCUUGAUACAGCUAUGGGAGACUUCAGUAAGGCUAUAGAGUCAAACCCAAUGGCUGGAGAGGCAUGGAAGAGGCGUGGCCAAGCUCGUGCUGCUAUGGGUGAAUUUCUGGAGGCCAUUGAGGACCUGACAAAAGCGUUAGAAAUUGAGCCAAAUUCAUCAGACAUCUUACAUGAAAGGGGAAUUGUUAAUUUCAAGUCCAAAGAUUAUGAAGCUGCAGUUGAGGAUUUGUCUUCCUGUGUGGUGCUUGAUAAGGACAACAAGUCUGCAUUCACAUACCUUGGUUUAUCAUUAUCAUCUCUUGGGGAAUAUGCAAGGGCAGAGGAGGCACAUAAAAAGUCUUUGCAGUUGGAUCCAAAGUUUGAAGAUGGAUGGCUCCAUUUAGCACAGUUUUACCAAGAACUUGGAAGGCCAGAGAAGGCUCUUGCAUGCCUUGAACGAGUUAUUCAAUUUGAUAGCAGGGUUGCUAAAGCAUAUCAUUUGCGUGGGCUUCUGCAGCAUGGCAUGGGGAAUCAUAGAAGUGCUAUCAAGGACUUAUCUCUUGGAUUGGAUAUUGAAGGUUCCAAUAUUGAGUGCAUGUAUUUACGGGCAUCUUGUCACCAUGCUUUGGGCUGUUAUGGAGAUGCAGUAAAGGAUUAUGAUUGUGUGUUGGAUUUGGAGCUUGAUUCUAUUGAUAAGUUUGUGCUUCAAUGCAUGGCGUUUUAUCAGAAGGAAAUGGCUUUAUAUACUGCUUCAAGGGCAAACUUACCAUUCGCCUCAUUUGACAUUGAUGGAGAUGUUGACCCCCUAUUUAAGGAAUACUGGUGCAAACGAUUGCAUCCCAAAUAUGUUUGUGAAAGGGUGUACAGACAGCCACCUUUACGUACUUCCUUAAAGAGUGGACGCCUUCGGCCACAGGAUUUCACGCUAACAAAGCAUAAAAAGCUUCUGCUGCAAGCAGCUGAUUCCAUUGGCAAGAAGAUACAGUAUGAUUGUGCAGGCUUCUUACCUAACAGGCGUCAGUACCGAAUGGCGGGCUUGGCUGCAAUAGAGGUUGCACAGAAGGUUCAAAAGACAUGGCGAUCUCUUCAUGCAGAGUGGAAAGUGUCUAAUAAGCCCUCUGCAAGAGGUGUGAGGAAGAUAAGAAGAAAGGAGAAGCCAAACAUUCUGAGCCAGAACCGUGGUGGUGUUGGUUGUAGCACCACCACCAGCUCUGAGACAUCAACCUCAUACAGCACAAGUGAAGACAGAUCGACACCUGGCCGCUAUGGUUUGUCUUGGCAUGAAGUAUAUUCUUUGGCUGUUAAGUGGAGACAAAUAUCUGAACCCUGUGAUCCUGUUGUGUGGGUGAACAAGUUAAGUGAGGAGUUCAAUGCUGGCUUUGGGUCUCACACACCACUGAUCAAUGGACAAGCAAAAGUUGCUCGAUACUACCCAUACUACCAGAGGGCUUUGGGUGUUGCAAAAAAAAUCAUGGAGGAGAAGAAGUUUGUGAACAGUGCAUCAGAUAGCAUCAUUGACCUGUCUGAUGUUGGAAAACUACAAAGCAUCGUAAAUGCAGACGGUUGUGGUGACCUUCAUGAUGUUGUUGGUGAAGAUUUUUGGUUAGCGACUCCCUGCUAUAGUACUGCUUUUGAAGGGAAGUGUCUUGAUGGGACAAGAAUUACCACUCAAAAAAUAGGGAAGAAAGGAUAUGACUUUGCAAUUCGCACACCUUGUACACCCUCCAGAUGGGAAGAUUAUGAUGCAGAAAUGAUAAUGGCCUGGGAGGCUCUAUGUAAUGAUUAUUGUGGUGAAGCAUAUGGUUCCACUGACUUGGAUUCACUCAAAAAGAUACAGCAAGGAAUCCUAAGAUUGGCAUAUUACUGGUAUAAUUUCAUGCCUCUAUCUAGGGGCACGGCUGUUGUUGGCUACGUGGUGCUGCUGGGAUUGCAUCUUGCUGCAAAUAUGGAGGUGACAGAAAACAUUCCCAAAGGCAUUCAGGUGGAUUGGGAGGCCAUCCUUACCCCAAAUCUUAGCUCUUUUAUUGAUUCUAUAAAUUCUUGGCUCUGGCCUUCCAUUCAAAUCAACACCUCGUGGAGAGACUACCCAGAUGUAUUGGGGGCUUUCACCACCACAGGGUCCGUUAUUGCUGGCCUAAGCAACUAUGAAGAGUGACUAGAAAACUUCACAUCAGAAACUGUGGUUUUUGUAAUCUGUAUUUAAUGUUUUAAUGAUUUUUGUUGUAUUGAUCUUGACUUUGUAUUUGAUUAUUACAUAGUAAAUGUGCAUAAGCUUUAGGCUUUGUUACUUGGA